AUCUUUAUUUAGAAAUAUUUGAAAUAUACAGGCCUCAUUCUACUGGUCAUUUCCUACGUCAAUCGAUUGCAGGUGUCAUUCGAUUUUCUAUAGAUUUACAGGUUAGUUUCUUGUAACGGUAUAUAUAAAUUUAUACACGUUAGUAUUUUACUUGUAUAGUUUAAUAUAUAUUAAGAGUAUAGUACUAUAUAAUGGUAUAAGUUGACUUUUUGUGCAUUUUAUAUUAAUAAAGGUCGAGAGUAACAUUAACGGAAACUUUUUUAAGAUAUGUAUAUAAAUAUUCUACUAUGUAAAGAGAGUAAAGGUAUUCUCUUUGUUUGUCCUUGAUCAUACUAAUGUUAUUAUUAUAUUAUUAUAGUAUUGUAGAUUCCUUAUUCAUUUUGACUCCCCCAUACCCUUCAGCCCCCUCUUUUUAUUCUGUUUACAAUUUACCUUAUAUAAAGCCAAUUCUCGUUUUUGUACCCGAAAAUACAACUUCUUUUUGAAAGAUUCAAGUAAAAAUAGAUAUUUUUACCCUUUCUUAUUCAUCUACUAUACAGUAAUAUAGGACAAUUAGACACAUGUAUAUAUAAUUUGAACUUGAAUCAAUUUGUGGUUAACCAAGUAAGGAUAUUUAUAAUCGUUAAUAAUUACUUAAUUCUGUACUGUGUUAACCUCUAGUUAAGGCGGAUGUGUGUGCAUUGGAAAUGAUUUGUUAUGAAGAGAGAGAAUAGAUGGUUUCUGUAUUUUAUAUUAUAUAUUUUAUAUAAGCGUAUGCCAUGUAUUUCAUAUGACUAGUUUAAGCUAUAUAAAUAAAUACCUUAUAGACAUAUAUAUAUAUAUAUAUAUAUAUAUAUUGAUAACAGUACGAAAGUACGAUAUUUUAACUGCUAUUUAGGCGAGUUUAUGCUUUAACGGCUACUAUUUAAUGAUUUUUUUAUAGGAUAUUUAAAUGAACAGAUUUUGCAACCAUCCAGUUCGUAAUCCAUAUGUUAAACAUAUGUCCAACCUAUAUAUAAUUAAUUAUAAACCUUUUUUUCCUCCAGUAUAGAACAUGGCUGAUAAAGAGUUUAUUGAUAGCGCCUUAAAGGCUCAUAACGACUACAGGAAGAAGCACUCUGCACCUCCUCUUAAACACAACAAAGAAAUCUCGGCAAUCGCUCAGAAAUGGGCAAACGAAUUGGCUAAAAAGGAUGCUUUUCAACACAGUCAAGAUAGGGAGUACAAGGGUGGCAAGAUGGGAGAGAAUAUUGCCAUGAAGUGGACAUCAUCUGGCGAUGAUUAUACAGGACCCGAGCCAGUUAGUCAAUGGUACGAUGAGGUUGAACGCUAUAAUUAUAGUACAGGCUCCGGACCAAGUACUGGCCACUUUACACAAGUUGUAUGGGUAGGUAGUAAAGAAGUUGGUUUUGGAAAGGCAAAGAGUUCGAGCGGAAAAUGGUUGGUUGUAGCCAAUUAUUAUCCAGCUGGAAAUUUUAUUGGACAAUAUAAGGAGAACGUUCUGAAACCAGGUACAAGAUCAUCUAGUAAAAAAGCUGGUAAAUCGAAAAAAGACUGCACAAUUAUUUAA